GCCACCACGCACCAUCUCACGACCACAGUUGCGCGACAUCACCUUGUGUGGAACAGUCUCUUCCGACCAAGAGUUCCGGAGAUAGCGACGCAAAACGCGCUUGACGCAGCCGCGUCGAUUCGGACCCAUUGUUCGUAGCCUCUUAGCGGGUCCAGCCGACUCCACGAAAACCCCUCGAUAUUGGACUCCAUCAUUCCAACAACAACUGUCACGCCCAUCGUCAGUCCUCGAUCAGCACGCCGAACGCUCAUGUCGGGAUACAAGGGACCGCGCGGACCCAAUGUGUCCCAGUACAUUGCAAAUCUAAACCAACUGUCACCACCCACGGAGAGCAUCGCGGAUCCGCAACCCGUAGCCGAAGACUUCUCUGCGUUCUUGAACACAGACUUCUUCGAUAUCAACGGCGGCACCAACGUCAAUCUCAACUCACCCAUCGACUUCGGUGUUGACUUCGACGACAUCAAACCCUCCACACAACCGACCGCCGAGAAUUCCCCGAGGAACAGCAUCAGCGCGCCGAGCACAAAGCCCAACAUGGACUUCAACUUGGACAGCGACUUCCAAUUCACCGACUUCUCCAACUUCAACACGGCACCCAUCAUCGACACAUCCAUGCCCAGUCUGUCGCAGCCGCAACAACCCCACUACCCUCUAUCGGCUACAUACGCACCGCAACCAAGCGCCAUCUCACCUAUCAACUACGAUGACUCGGCAUCAAAGAAGCGCAAGGCUGAGGACAUGACUGCCGACACACCGGUCUACCUCGAUGAGCAUGCACGUGUUGCCGCCGAAGAAGACAAGCGUCGUCGCAACACCGCCGCAUCCGCGCGCUUCCGCGUCAAGAAGAAGCAGCGUGAGCAAGCUCUCGAGAAGACCGCCAAGGACAUGAGCGACCGCGUGCAGCAGCUGGAGGCUAGGAUCGGACAGCUCGAGACCGAAAACACAUGGCUUAAGAGUCUGAUCACCGAGAAGAGCGCGGGAAAGAGCUCGUCUUCCGACAUCAAGGCCCUGCUUAACAAGCACGAGGAGCAGAAGGCUGGACGGAGUAGCCCUGCACACACUGAGGGUGUGGGCACUCAGGCAUAGGUCACGAAGGCCGGAGCCAAAAAUGUUAUUAGACUGUUUCAAUACCCCAGCUGUUAGCACCUGGGGUUUCGAUGAUUUGCAUAACGGGGGGAUUGGAGGCCGAUAUACGAGUGACGAGCGAUAUGCGAUACCUUUUGUUUUGUCUAACAUAAUCCAAA